CCAGCGGGGACGGGCUGUGGAGGCAGGAGGAAGAUGGCGGCGGGGGCGAGGUGAGGUGGUGGCAGGAGAAAGGGUUCGGGCGCGGGAGGCGGGGGGACGCGGAGCGAUGGCCCGCGUCGGCCGCAGGGGCAGAUAAGAAGCCGUCGCGCCGCGGGUGUGGGGGGCCGGAGGGGAGGGCGCCUGGGCGCCCCGAGAGUAUGACGGGGCUGUACGAACUGGUGUGGCGGGUGCUGCACGCUCUGCUCUGCCUGCACCGCACGCUCGCCUCCUGGCUCCGCGUUCGGUUCGGCACCUGGAACUGGAUCUGGCGGCGCUGCUGCCGCGCCGCCUCCGCCGCGGUCCUAGCGCCGCUCGGCUUCACGCUCCGCAAGCCCCCGGCUGCGGGCAGGAACCGCCGGCGCCACCGGCACCCGCGCGGGGGGCCGGGCCCGGCCGCUGCCCACCUCCGGCUGCGCUGGCGCGCGGACGGCCGUUCCCUGGAGAAGCUGCCUGUGCACAUGGGCCUGCUGAUCACCGAGGAGGAGCAAGAGCCCAGCUUCUCGGACAUCGCGAGCCUCGUGGUGUGGUGUAUGGCCGUGGGCAUCUCCUACAUUAGCGUCUACGACCACCAAGGUAUUUUCAAAAGAAAUAAUUCCAGAUUGAUGGAUGAAAUUUUAAAACAACAGCAGGAACUUCUGGGCUUAGAUUGUUCCAAAUACUCAGCAGAGUUUGCAAAUAGUAAUGACAAAGAUGAUCAAGUUUUAAAUUGCCAAUCAGCAGUGAAGGUGCUGUCCCCAGAAGAUGGAAAAGCAGAUAUUGUGAGAGCUGCUCAGGACUUUUGCCAGUUAGUAGCCCAGCAGCAAAAGAAAUCCACAGAUUUGGAUGUAGAUAUGUUAGACAGUUUACUUAGCUCAAAUGGUUUCCCUGAUCCUGAUUUAGUACUGAAGUUUGGUCCUGUGGACAGCACAUUAGGCUUUCUUCCCUGGCACAUCAGAUUGACUGAGAUUGUCUCUUUGCCUUCCCACCUGAACAUCAGUUAUGAGGACUUUUUCUCUGCCCUUCGUCAAUAUGCAGCCUGUGAACAGCGUCUGGGAAAGUAGUGAUCCCUGGUUGUAUAAUCCGAUUUCAGGCUUUUGGAGAAAAGGACCCAAGUGACUCUGAUGUUUACAAAGCACCUAUGAAACCCUCUACACACCUAGUUCAUAAUCCUCAUAAUUUAUCAACAAACACAAAAAAGUGUCUUACUUGAGAGUAAGAGUAUGUGUGAGUGAGUAUGUGUGUGUGUGUGCGUGUGUGUAUGGAAAUAAACUGAUAAAUGGGGCCGUAUUGGAGAAGGAACUAUGUACACCUGCACCUUUGAGCAAAUAGCAACAGUGUUUUAGGAGCUGGAAUUUCAGAUUUAAAGGCUUCAGCCCCUCUACUUCCCUGUUUUGUGGGGAGGGUAGGGGUUGAUUAGAACUCUCUGGUUGUCGUUUUGGGAGCAGGGGAAUUAUUUUCGUUCAGUCUUUCCUGGUGACCAAACUUUCAUUUUUAAGAAUAAUAUAUUGACUCAUUAAAUGGAAGCAUUCUGAGUUUGAGAGAUCUCCAGAGGAGUGGAGUUCUCUUGCUCACGUGUUAAAAAGUUGCUCAACUUUGGAGCAAGGGGAAUGAAUACCUGUUUUCAGAUGUCCGUCCAUUUUCGUCUCAUUGUUAUUGUCAAACAAUGUGACUUGAGAGUGUUGCCCUGGUGUCUUGUGUUCUGGGUUGUGAAGAUCAUUUGAAAAAGAACUUUACAACAUUUAAAUACAGAAUUUAAAAAAUUUAAAUAUUGUAUUAGGCAGUCAAAAAAAGGUGAAAAGGUUGUAAUCUUAAAGGUAGAAAGUUUCCUAAAAGAAAGAAAGUUUUGAUUUUCUUUUUUGUUUGGUGGGCACUGUGCUAGAUAGUACCCAAAGUUAGUUUGAAAAAUAUUUCAGUUAUCUGUGUUUAUUUAAAAUAAACAUUUGUGGGAAGUGACCAAGGCAGCUCUUCCUCAAAAGCAACCUGUUCCUCUUUGGAAUAGCACGUUUAGGGCCAUGUUAGAACCCAGGAUUUUUACUCAGUAAAUCCUGUGGGUGACUUUGCACGAAAGAUCUUUAAGUAAGAUUGAGACCCAUGUAGGUAAUACAAUAUUACCAAAGUCUACAAAAGUAAUUUAAAUUAAUUUUACCUGUUCUCUUUCAUGACAGAGAACAGUACUGGUUCUGUUAUUUUUUUAAAUGAGUAAAUGAUUUUUUGAUAGGUGUUUAAUAUUUCUUCCCUCACUUCUGAUCCUUGGACAGAAACCGUACUUUAUAUUUGAUGGACUGUUUUCAGAAAAAUCUUAUCAACAAGUGUAUAAUUGUUAUCUAAAAUUAGAAUGGAGUAGUUUAAAUACUAGGUUUCAGAAGUCUGAAAAAUAGCAAAGAAGACUGGAUUUGAAAAGCAGGGUCUGGAAUUGCUUGUCGAAUUCUGAAGCUAUGAAGAAUAAAUGUUUCGAUUUUGGAUUAUAAAACCCCAUUUACGAUUUUAAAAAUACACUUGAAAUAAAAUGAUUAAACUAAAUUUUGGUUCAGUGAUAUUACUUUGCACUUCAUAGACCUUUGUACAUCAUAAGACUUGUUUUUUUGUCUUAAUUUAUUGCUAAAAGUUUUGUGUGAGGCUACAGUGUAUCUCUAAACUUUACCAGAGAAUUUUUUAUAUCUAUCCCCCUGUACUGUGAUCCAUGUUCUCUUGAGGCAUUUUUGCCUUAGUUUAAGACUGAGUUUAUGCUUUGUAAACGUAUGUCUUUUUAAAACAUUCUGGAAUAUGUAUGGCUUUAAUGAAAUAAAUUUAAUGGGCUUGAUUGAAGUGAUUUAACAUUUGUUAAAAUGAAGUUAGUCAAAUAAAUUAUCCACUGGGGGUAUAGCCAAAGGUUUUAUAGUUGAUUUCUUCUCCUUUUAUUUUCUUUUUCCAUUUCAUAGCUGUUAAUGUUACGUAUCAGAGUAAAUCUAUAAUCUGUGAGCUGAGUCUGUUAUAAUCCUGGGGAGAGACCCUUUAAACAAGUUGCUAAGGAUUCUUAAUUCACAUGUUGGCAUUCCAGAUCCUGCUCCUCAUGAGUUCCCCUGCUAGUACAAUCUCCACAACUUGAAAGGCAUUGGUCAUUCUAUAAUUCCUGCCCCAGUCAUCACUAGUUAUGCAUUAUCAGGGCUCCCUUUGUACUCCCAAGAAGAACUGAUAAUUUUAAAGAAAAGCAUUGUUUAUGUGUAUUGAGGGAUAUUGUCUUUAAAUUGUUUCUUCUUGACACUCCCCACAAUGGAAAAGUUAUCACAUUAAACCUGCUUUGUGGAUGGCAGCUCGGAGUGUAGCAAGAAGUUGGAGGGCUUGAAUUCCAUUCCCACUUCUGGUUGUAUUUUGUUUUUUAAAACUGAUUACUGUUACAAAGUCUGAAAGCUGGUUUUGAUGUGAAGAGCAAAUUAUGGUAUAUUGUAAGUAAGGCCUAAUAAUGCCUGUCUUAAGAGAGGAAGGUGUUAGAAGGUUAAUGACAGUGCCAAAUACACUGUGCAAAUCUACAAUUUAAUCUUUGAAUGUAUGUUACUUGAUUAGCUCCCUCCUUCAGUGUGAUGGUACCAUGCAUAGAGUCAAAUCCUUGUGAUGUUUUGUAUGGCUGUAGACUUUGGCAACAUGUAAAUAAUGUGUAAAGCAAGUUUUUAUUAUUAAGGAAUCAAAUUUAUUGAAUUUUAUUAUUGAAAGUUGAAACUUAACAUGUAUGAACAAAAACAAUAAAAGAAUAUACUCUUUUCAUGGACUAUAGUA